AAAACUGCGACAAAGUUUCGAAAUUUAACCAUCAAAAUUCACAAUUCUAAAAACAAAAACAAUACAUUAGCAAUAUAAAAUACAAUAGUAUUAGUAAAAGUCAUAUUGUGUAAUUUGUCUGAGAUUCGAAAAUAUUAUUUAGCAGUUGGUAUAAUAUCUCAAUCAGUGGUUAUAUUUUUUAAACACAAAUAAUCAACGAUAAAAUUUAAAAAAUACUAUUUUUUGAAACUACUCACAUACAGUCUACGUAAUACGAUUAUAGUGAGAGCGUGAAUGAAUUUUAAAAUCUCUAAAGUAUUUUAUCUCGAAAAAGUAAAGUUUUGUUAUAAAAUAUGGCUAUGAACCCCACUAAGUUUUUAAUUAAAGAUCUUAUAAACAAGCCUACACCUUUAGAGGUAUGGGUUCAAGGAACUAUUGAACAAGCGGUUGGGAAUGAUAUUAUAAUAUUGAUAAUUUCUGAUUCUUCUGGGCGAGCUAAAAUUGUGAAAUGUGGAACUGCUGAUGGUGUAAUUGAUAAAAGUUUAUUAAAAAAAGGUGUUUACUGUUGCAUAAUAGGCAUAGCAGUAAAAACUAAAGGACUACCAGAAAUUGAAGCAACAAAAUUUAUUGACCUGAGUUCUCAGCCACAUAUGAAAGCAGCUUGGUAUGAUGAAGUUAGAGAAGCAGAACUGCUAAUACAUGGAAAAAUAAAACCCAUUAUUUAAAA